AUGAUCAAGGCAGUUUUCUUUGACUUUAUGGGCACUUGCCUUGACUGGCAUAGCAGUGUCGUCAACGCAUUACCCCCCGCUAUUCCCAAGCCCAAAGCCUCAGAGCUGGCUCUUGAAUGGCGAAGAAAAUACUUUAUAGCCAACAGUGAACGUCUUGCUCAGCGACUUGAGCCCGAGGAUAUUGACGACACGCUCAUCCGUGUCUUGGAGAAUAUUCUUGAUGACAUGCCAGACUACAAGCCGCACUUCACCCCAGAGAUCAAGAAGCAGCUGAUCAAUGCCUGGCAUGCUCAACCAGCCUGGCCCGAAGUUCGACAGGCAAUUGAUUCUAUCCGAAAUGAUCUUGGUCUCGAGGUAUUCGUGCACGCCAACGGUACUACACGUCUGCAGCUCGACCUCACCCGCUUUGCUGGGCUGAACUUCAACAUGCUUUUCUCGAGUCAGUUGCUAGGCACAUACAAACCCGACCCUGAGGCAUAUAACAAGGCUUUGCGACUUGUCAAACUCCAACCCGAGGAAGUCGUUUUGGUUGCCGCGCAUGCGUACGACUUGAGGGGGGCGCAGGCUGUAGGUAUGAAGACGAUUUAUAUCCAUCGAUGGACGGACGAUGUGGAUGAGGACAUGGAAAAGGCCAAAGGCGAGUUCGGGGCUUUCGUGGAAGGAAUGGAGGAGCUUCCUGCUGCUAUUAAGAUAUUUCAAUGA